AUGAUCCCCGCCGAGGCCGAGGCCACCACGGAACCCGAACACCCCUGUGAGCCCUUCCUGGUGCCGCCCCCGUACAGUGUGGCCGCGUCCCUUCCCACCUACGAGGAAGCGCAGAGGGCCAAAGCUGUGGCAGUGGCCGCCAGCGCAGUCCCCUCAGGGGAGCCCACCCAGGCAGAGGACGACAUCUUUUCGGGGGAUGACUCCAUCGGCUCGGAUGCUGACCAGCUACGGGUGGGCAGCGACGGCAUCUUCUUGGUGGCCUUUUUCAUGGCCUUCCUCUUCAACUGGGUUGGGUUUUGCUUGUCCUUCUGUAUCACCAGUUCUAUAGCGGGGAGGUACGGUGCCCUCUGUGGAUUCGGCCUUUCCUUGACCAAGUGGAUCCUCAUCAUCCGCUUCUCCGACUACUUCACCGGAUACUUCAAUGGACAGUACUGGCUUUGGUGGAUAUUUCUUUUGAUUGGCAUCCUGCUUUUCUUCAGAGGAUUUUACAGUUACCUUAAAGUCAGGAAGACCUCCGAAAGGUUGGACACUGCCACUAGAACAAGAUGUAUCUACUCGGAUUAA